AUGGGAUCUACACAGAAGGAGAAACGUAAAGCUUUAAUUUCAAGAAAAUCUUCUCUGCUUGAAGAUAGAUUAAAAGCAGUUGCGGCUGGGGAGAAUCAGUAUGCUCACACCUUCUCGGUGGAAAUGUCAAUUCCAGAUUUUAUCAAAAGAGGAUAUUGUGUUGGCCCUGAAACCUCUCUAGCAGGGCGAAUCAUGAAUAAGCGGAAAUCUUCUUCCAAGCUCCUCUUCUAUGAUCUACAUGGUCAGGGUUCCAAGGUCCAAAUUAUGGCUAAUGCAAGUGAGUCAACGUUAAGCUUUGAUGACUUUUCAAAGCUUCACUCUAGAGUCAAGCAUGGAGACAUCGUUGGAAUCAUUGGUAUUCCAACGAAAACCAAAAAAGGAGAGUUGAUGAUUUUAUCACGAGAGUUCAGUCUUCUAUCAUAUUGUUUAUACGCAAAUACAUCAGAAUACGAAAACCAAAAAAGGAGAGUUGAUGAUUUUAUCACGAGAGUUCAGUCUUCUAUGUAA